AGCUUGACGUCCUAGAGCCGCUACCCCGAUUGAAAGCUGCCCCUUGUCAGUAAACAAGGCCAGGACUGUCUUCAUGUCUCCUGCUCUACGUGCUCGUUCACCAAAUGUCAUUGACGAGAUUGUCAAGCGUCCACCGCCGUCUCCUUCCGACAAGGCCCCACCACAGAAGAAGCUAGACAUCAAAUCGCGACCUGUCUCGGAGGAGCCAACGCCGAAGGCAGGCUCGCCUGUUAUUACACCCAAGGAGAAGAGCGACCUGAAGGAGGUUGAGAAGAAGGAUAGCGAGCCCAGUAAAGGAGAUGUAAUCGAUGAGGAAGUCUUCAACCAGAUACUUGAGCUGGAUGAUGGGGACCGCUCGUUUGUAUCGGCGAUGGUGACUGAGUACCUUGGCCAGGUCGAGGACACAUUUAAUGAGAUGGAUCAGGCUAUGGAAACUAAAGACUUGAAGCAAAUAUCACAACUAGGGCACUUUCUGAAGGGCUCAUCAGCGGCGCUGGGCGUGAGGCGGGUAUCCGCGACUUGCGAGAAGAUACAGAACAUGUCCAAGGGUACACCUACGGACAAGACCCUUGAGGAAGUGACGUCGUUACUAAAACGCGUUAAGGAGGAAUACGGUGCGGCAAAGAGAUGGCUGCUACUGGAGGCUCAGUGUCCGCCGUGAUAACGAUCAAUCAAUUACACCCUCUACUGAGCUGUAUGCUCAACGCCAUACCCAAGAGUCCAGAUUGUAUGAUUUUCACUGUACUCUAGCUACCCAUCUACUAAGUAACUGCCACACCUUUACGCUUGGCUACACCCAUCCUUUGUUUUCAUCCACUUACCGCACUGUUCCACUAUGCACUAGUUCCAGACGCAGUGUACUACAUCUUCACAUCAUCUUAAACCACCCAAGCUUUGUCUCGUGUUUUACGCUCCACUUUUUCGAUAUCACUGUUUUGUAGCUAUUGUUGCAGUGAAUUGAAGGUCAUUCGCGAACUUU